GACGUUUUCCUGGCGCUCGUGGCUGGCGGAGCUGGGGGCUCGUGGCCGGACUUUGUGUGGUUAAGCAUGAGGUCCCUUCUGACAUCGUCGUUUGGAGGCCAGCUGUCUAUAGGACAGUGCAGUCAUUCGCACUUACCCUUUUGAAAUCAUGCUUCUGGUAUUUUCAUUUCGACCAAACCAACUUUUUCUUCAGAUUUCAGCGUUGUGGGCGAACUUCACGUGAGAUGGAAGAUUUGCGAGGAAUAGCAGAAGAGUCAUUUCCAAGCUUUUUAGCCAAUUCACUACUUGGUAAUAGUGAGGUUUUGGGAAAUGUCACUUUUCCAUCAAAUUUUGGCUUGCCCAUUGCUGUUUCUACACUUGCCAAGAGCAGACCCAGCACUGACAACAGGUGUCCUGAUGUCCAGGAAUCAUACUUAAUGGAAGAGAGGUUUUCAGUUCCUUCCGCAUCAUCUCCCAGGUUCCAGAGGGACAUCCCUGAGCCCAGAGAAAGAUUAAGACUCAGCUUUCAGAGUGAUGAUUCUGCUAUAAGGAAAAAGAACUACAUAGAAAGCCCAGAUUUGUCACAUGCUCUCAUGAAACCAAGAGCAGAAGAGAAGCAAGUCAACACUGCAUCUGUUCAGGGUCAAAGCCUUCUGGAUGGAGUUUCUCCUCGGCAACAGGUACCAGAUUCAGCUCUUGAUUUUCACUUAAAAUCAUGGACAAAUAAUCAAGAACACAAGAUCGCCAUGCCUGAUCCUAAGAAGCAUCUUGAAGCAGUGAAUCCAAACAGUGAUUUCAGCCAUACCAGCUUGUUAGACAAUGAGAAACUUCUAACACUGACAAACCUGGACAGUUCCUCGGAUGAUGAUAUUAAUGAUGAAGAAUUUUAUGAUGAUCAUUUAGAAGCAUAUUUUGAACAACUAGCCAUUCCAGGGAUGAUGUAUGAAGCAGGAGGACAGGAGUCACCAGCGGAGGGUUUUAAGUUCCCUGCAAAUGAAGACAGUAUCUUAAACUGUGAGUUUCAAUCAGAAGAUAACAGUCCUCUGAUUCCUCAUGAUGCAUGUGCUUCAGGAAAUUCUCGUACUACUCACACCGAGUCUGAGGAAGGCCACGGUUGUCUGCCGGGUACUGGUGGCUGUGUAGGUACUGUUGAUAAUAAAAAGCAGGUAGAUAAUAUGAUAUCACUUUAUUCUCAUACCUGGAGAACUGAGAAGGAAGGGGCACACAAUUUGAAGGAUAUUGUUCCAAAUCAAAGCAGAGACUGUGGAGGAGAGGAUAUUGUGGUGAAGAGGCUGCGCGCUGUGGAUGAGACUCUCAGAUCUACUCAUCGUCACAGCACAAGUGAAACAGAAGAUGGCUCCGACCCAGCUGACUCUGUCAAACAGGAUUCAGAAUCUCCUCACCAAAAUAAGCAUUUUGCUUCAGAUUUAGAAACAGUUCCAAAUGUGGAUAGAUGCUUAAAUACAGAGACUACUACAGUGUUUAUUCAAAAAGAUGGAGACAUUGUAUCUUCGAAGACUAAUGGUGACAAUGGAAUUAAUUCUCUUUGGUCACCGUCUUCUGAAAGGAGAGCAUGUGGAUUUUAUGAGUCCAGUUCAAAGACUAGUGACAAUCUCUCACAGAAUGUAGUCUACAAAAGUGAGGACGGAAGAUGGGUCACCGACCUUGCCUACUACACAUCUUUUAUUGAUCAACAAGAUUUACAGAUGUCUCCAAAUAAUGAAAUGAAUGAAGACUUCAGAUCUGGUUCUGAAGCAUUGGAUUUAAUUGCAAAAGAUGAAGAAGAAUUCAAUAAAGAACAUCCAUUUAUACAGGAUGAAAAAAUAGAUGUUCAGAACACUUCAGUGGCACUUGGCGAUACAUCCUGGGUAGCGGCAGUCAAUUAUUAUUUAUUGAGAAAAUCACUUGGCACAUCAGAUUUUGAUAAAGAUAAUGGCAGCUAUCUACGCCUGUCAUUAGGAGAAUUCUUUGCAGAAAGAUCUGAAGCUCUUGGUUGCCUUGGUGGUGGUGAGGAUGUAAAAAGACCAUCAUUUGGUUAUUUUAUUAGAUCACCAGAGGAGAGAGAACCUGUUGCAUUAAUAAAAUCUGAUUUGUCAAGAAGUGAUUUGGAGAAAGAAACAACUCAGCCUUACCGAGGUUUCUCUUCAGGAGUCUUGAAUGAACAGUCCCAGGCACUGCCAAGUGAAGGAUCGGUUACACUCGAGGCUGAAGAACUGCAGAGAAAUUCCCAGGUGGAUGAAGAUGACAUUACACUAACUACCAGCAGAAGCCAGACAGAGGACACUCUUUGCGGUAAUAACAAGCUUCGGGAAUAUAAAAGCACACUGUCUGGAGGUGAAGAUUCUGUACUUAGAAUAAGCACCAUUGCAUCAGCCUUCGCAGACGUGUCAGUGAGCACUGACCCUGUCCAGCUUGUUGCCAUGAUGAAGGCACUCAGAAAUAAAGGAAGAGGCAAGUCUUUUCAGGGUGAUGAGCUGCAAGAGGACUGCUCCACCAUCUCUCAUGUCUUACUUAGUGAUUUAGAAAGAAGUAACAGGUCCAAUGUACUUGAUAUGGAGAAAUACCUUACAAAAACAGAGUUUAGUAGCUGUGAAGGUGCACGAGAGCCCUUUUCAAGAGCAGGCACAUCUGACAUGUGGGAUUUAUGUUCGCCCGAACGGCAGACUGUUCAAGGCACGGGUAUGGUGAAUGUUUGUGCUACUAAUACAAGGGAAGCAGAAGAAACUACAGAAGCUAUUUUCUGUGGUGAAAAUAUAGAGCGUGAUAUUCAAGAAUCCCUGAGAACAAACACGAGAGAGAAUGGAAACACGGCCAUGGGGAGUAUGCCCCGCUCUGUUGACACAUUGCUGGAUGUGCGGAACAGUGAAAAAGCUACCUCAGUUUCCAGUGCAGCAUCCAGGAGUGACUCAUUACUAAGGAACCCCAGAGUACCUUCCUUUAGCAUUGUAGAACAAUGUGAGGAAAUACAAGAUACCCGAGACCAUGGAAGGAAGAAAGAGAGUGUCAGCGAGACAAGCCGCAGUGACAAGCGUGUCACCUUUGAAGACGGUCUUGUGGUCUUACCUAAAAGUGUUGAUUUGAAAACUGCCUCUCCUGAGAGUGGUGGAUCUGGCUUUCAAGACGAGGAGAGCUUCAGACUAUCACCACUCAGUCAUUCUUCUCCCAGUGAAAUUUCUGGAAACUUCUCAGGAAACAAAAUUUGUCCCAUUCAGAGUGAUCUCACCAAUGAACUGAGUACCACAAUUGUUCGAGCCAGUCCUACUCCACCAGAGGAACAAGCUGUGGAGAAACUAAGAGACAAAAUUCCAGGUCAGAAUGCAGGAAAAGUGCCAGUGCCGAGUGUUAUCCAGAGUAAGUCUGGUUCAGCAAACAUGACACAGACUCCUUCUCUGAGGAACAGAUUUGAAGAUGGAGAACCUAACUUUACAUCCAGUCAAGAUAUUUCUUCUAAAAGUAGGGAACCCUUGGAGGCUGGUAAGAUGGAUUCAGCAUCUGCUUCCAGUGAGCAGGAUCUGACUGGCCAAGCUCUCCUGAACAAGCCAGCUCUAAACCACCAGUCUGGACCAGCCAUACCGAACCUCCCUCAAUUGAUCCAGAAGACUGUGGAUCAAGGUCAAAGAUUAUCAUCUACUUGUCUGUCAACUGCCAGCAGUGAAUCUAGCAGCCAGACUCCUAAUCUGGGCACCUCUGGAAACCAGCAUAAUCCUGCACCCCACAUUUCAGCUUAUGCUUCUGUUGCUAAGGUGCAGAACCAGCCUGCUGUGUGUCCUGCCCUCUGGACUGGACAUUCUUUAUACAUAGCUCCUGGGGCCCCACAGUAUUUGGGGCCAGUCUCUUCAUCUGGGAGUGCCACCUUGUCACAGUGCCAUGCAGGCAUGCAGAUCUGUGGGAUUUCAGGGUAUUCUCCUUAUCCUCCCGUUGCACCGGAGCAUGUGGCUUCUGGGGUGUAUUUAGGACCAACUCUUGCUUCUGGACUGACGGCCCCCUCUUCUCUUUACAACCUGUGCUCUACUGCUGCACAUCAGAACUUGCUUAGUACAGCAAAGCCAUUUCCUGUGCAGUCUGUUGGUACAAACUGUGAAGCUGAACCAUGGGACUCGGGGAUGAUGCCUGGAUUUGGGAAUGCCAGAGUACCCGAGGAGCUGAGGUUCCCUCACGCUUGCUGUGUAGGCAUUGCUUCACAGACCCUCCUUAGUGUCCUCAACCCGACUGACCACUGGCUGCAAGUCAGCAUCAGAGUUCUCAGUAUCUGGGUGAACGGUGAGAAGGUGGAUCUUUCAACACAAACCUGUUUAGUUUUCAAGAAUAAAGUUGUGAUAAGACCUCAUGCCACUGAAGAAAUAAAAAUUCUUUUUAUCCCCACAAGUUCUGGAAUUUUCAGAUGUACGUUCAGUGUUGCUUCUUGGUCAUUUUCAGCAGAUGCUGAUACAAUAGGGCAAGCAGAAGCUCUGGGAAGCAGAGUUACUCUUACUGCCAUUGCAGAAACCCCUGUUAUUGAGGUAGAAACAGAAAAGAAUGGUGUUCUGGAUUUUGGUGACUUGACCUAUGAAGGCUGGAAAGCUCUCCCACUCAAGUUAAUAAAUAGGACACAUGCUACUGUGCCAAUCAGAUUGAUUAUUAAUGCUAAUGCCUUAGCCUGGCGCUGCUUCACGUUUUCCAAAGAGCCCAUCCAUACAUCUCUGAAAGCUGCUCCGUAUGCUGACGUUACUGCUCGGCUAGCAGCCCCGUCCGUAGUCAGUCAUGUGAUGCCUCCCAGUUACGACGGAAAGGAUCCAGAAUUUCUGAUAGUUUGGGUUAUUUUCCACAGCCCAAAGAAACUCCUCACUUCAGAAAUUCUAGGCUCAGCAGAAGAAUUCUUGGCCAGAGUGGAUAUAGAAGUGGACAGCCCAAACCCUAUUCCUGUUCUUAGAAGCGUGGAUCUCCGAGCACGAGCAGGGGUAGCUAGGAUCCAUGCCCCUCGGGACUUGCAGACUAUGUAUUUGUUGGCUGAUGUGAAUUCCUCAACAAAGCAUCCCUUGCCUUUGAAAAAUGCUGGGAAUAUUGAAGUUUAUCUAGAUAUCAAGGUCGCUGAACAAGGAAGUCAGUUUUCAGUGGACCCAGAGAGUUUGUUUCUUAAACCUGGAGAAGAACAUGAAGUUACAGUUUCAUUUACACCAAAGGAUUCCAAAGCAUGUGAGGAAAGGAUCCUGAUAAUAUUUGUGCAGCCGUUAGGACCUCAGUAUGAAGUAGUGUUAAGAGGUGAAGUCAUUUCUUCUGGGAGUAAACCUCUGCCACCCGGUCCUCACUGCUCAGAUAGCCCACCGAUACUGUCCAAUAAGCAGUUUCUGACGUGGGGUGGUGUCCCUCUUGGCAGGACACAGCUCCAGAAACUAGCUUUAAGAAACAGUUCUACAACUACAGCCCAAAAUUUGCGACUAUUUAUCAAAGGACAAGAUCAGGAUUGCUUUCAGAUUCAGAACACUUUUGGCUCAGAAGAGCGACUGACCAGUAAUUGUGAGAUCAGAAUUUGCCCAGGAGAGGACUUUGUAAUCUCUGUGUUAUUUGCACCUACUCGAUUAUCUUGCAUGUUGGCUAAACUAGAAAUCAAGCAACUUGGAAAUCGAUCUCAGCCAGGCAUAAAGUUUAUGAUACCUUUGUCUGGAUAUGGAGGAACAAGUAAUCUUAUUUUAGAAGAUGUUAAGAAAUUAUCUGACAGUUACUUGAUAACAAUGAAUGGCUUAAUUCCUGGCAAAGAAAGUAAAGUUGUUUUUUCUAUCCGCAACACUGGCUCCAGAGCAGCCUUUGUUAGAGCAGUAUGUUUUAAAGAUUCUCAAAGAAAAGUUUUGCUGGAUCCUAAAGUAUUGAGGAUUUUUCCAGAUAAAUUUGUACUUAAGGAAAGAACCCAAGGACAUAUUACUUUAGUAUACAAUCCAUCAAGCAGAAAGAGUGGUGAAAAACCUGCAACAGAACUGUUAACUGUCUACAUGUUUGGUGGUGAUGAAAUCUCCAGACAGCAGUAUCGAAGAGCUCUGUUGCAUAAACCAGGAGUAAUAAAGCAGGUACUUCCAGAACAUAGUGUGCUACAGCACAUGGACUUCACUGAAGCAUUUCAGGAUGAGCUGCUUACAGAUGAAGCGUGUGAUCUUCCUCAGCGGCCUAAUGACAUUGAACUCUUCUAUGGAAGCAUGCGUAAAAUUACCCUGUCUGUAAUUGGAGAAUUCAGAGAUUCCAUUUGUAGCAGAGAAUUUCUUCAGCCUCCCUCCAGUACUGAAUCCAAAAGUAAUUUCUCCAGUGACUCUAAAACUUCUAGAAAACAAAGUGGCAAUGUCUUUUUGGAUGUUUUACCAGUUAAAGGCCCUCAAGGUCCUCCUUUUCUCUCACAAACUGCCCACCCAGCCCAGGACACACCAUCCUCUGAAGAAAGGUGGGCUGUCCAUCCAGAACACUUGAUUCUGGUAGCUCCUUCCUCUUGUGAUUUGGCAAAAACUGGAUGUUUCCAAAUUAUAAAUAAUUCUGUUACUUUACUGAAAUUUGAGCUGUACUGGCCUGCACAUUGCCUGACAGUCACACCACAACAUGGAUUUAUCAUGCCAGAGAGUAAAAUACAAAUUCUCGUGAGUCCUAAUUUUUCUGUGUCCACGAAAGAGUCAAUGUGCCCAUGGACUGGUUUGAUCUACAUACACUGUGAUAACGGACAGAGGAAAAUUGUAAAAGUACAAAUUCGAGAAGAUUUGACUCCAGAACCGUUACCUCACUUGCCCUCCUCCAGCACAUUUGGAAUUCUUGCCCCGGCACCGGAGCCUUCCAUUAGUCGUUUGACAAAACUAAUAACAAAACCACCUUCCACAAAAGUUGAAAUUAGAAGCAAGACAGUAAUUUUUCCUCCAACAGAACCUGGUAGAACCUCAGAGAGCUAUCUGGAACUGGAGAAUUGUGGCCCCACAGAUGUAAAGUGGCACCUGUCAUCUUUUGCACCCCCGUAUGUCAAGGGAGUUGAUGAAACUGAAGAUGUUUUUCGAGCUACCUACACAACCUUCAGAUGUUCUCCCAUUUCUGGCACACUAGAAGGUCAUGGAAUCCAAAAGGUCUCCAUCAUAUUUCUGCCCAGAGACAGAGGGAAUUAUACCCAGUUUUGGGAUGUUGAGUGCCAUCCUGCUAAAGAACCUCACAUGAAACAUACAUUGAGAUUCCAGCUCUCUGGCCAGAGCAUCAGAGCAGAGAAUGACCCUGAAGGCUCAUGCUCCUCCAGAGGUACCCUCAUUAAAGUAGAUACUGCAGUCACGUCCCGGAGGCGUGCUGUGUCUGAGACCACUGCUCACACGCCUGGCAGGCAGCUGGACUCGAGCCAUCAUGGAGUAUAUGCCCCAAAGGAUGUCUACAUGUUCCUGCCAACCAAACUUGGGGAAUCCAGGACACUGAAAGUCAAUUUGAGAAAUAAUUCUUUUUCCACUCAUUCACUGAAGUUUUUGAGCCCCAGAGAACCUUUCCACAUCAGACACUCCAAGUACACUUUGAGGGCCCGACACUAUAUCCACAUCCCGGUGCACUUCAGACCCGAGGCAGUGGGCAGAUUUGAAGCUUUACUAGUGAUCCAGACAGAUGAAGGCAAGAGUAUUGCUGUUCGACUGAUCGGCGAAUCCCUGGGAAAAAGUUAACUAGAAUACAUGUUGUAUAAAUGACCUGCUUAUAUUUUGGCAAUCUCAUUUUUCUACACCAAAAUUAUGCUGUUGUAUAUAUUUUGUAUGAUAAAUUCAAUGUGUAUAAAUUAUAGAUUUGUUUUAUAAAGAAUUUAUUUCUGAAGCCCUCACUAAAUAUCAUGUAUCUAGAUCACAGUAUUAACAUUUACAGGGGAGAAGUUCUAUUUUUACAUUGAUUAUGACAUUCUGAAUAAACGUGGCAUAUGUUUUGAUAUGGUGUAUUUACAAAUAAAGUUGAUAUUUAACUUGAA